AACAAAUCCAUCCAUCCAUCAUCCGUAACUGCUUAUCCUGUGCAGGGUCAUGGGCAAGCUGGAGCCUUUCCCAGCUGACUAUGGGCGAGAGGUGGGGUACACCCUGGACAAGUCACCUGGUCAUCACAGGGCUGACAUAUAGAGACAAACAACCAUUCACACACAGACAUAUUCAUACCUACGGUCAAUUUAGAGCCUCCUAACCUGCAUGUGUUUGGACUGUGUGGGAAACCCAGGCAGACGCCAGGUGAACACGCAAACUCUACACAGAAAGGACUCCGUCAGCCACUGGGCUCAAACCCAGAACCUUAUUGCUGUGAGGCGACAAUGCUAACCACUACACCACUGUGCUGCCCCUUGCAACAAAUCAUGGUCUCUUUUUCUCUCUCCAGGUAUGUCGGAAGAUUUGUAAUAACCAACAAAUUGAUAUUGAAGAAAUAUGGCCUCUGACACAGACGACUCAGAAGAAAUGCAAGUCUGUGGUUCGGGAUCAGCACAGAUGGAAUCAAGCCCUCUCAAAGAUGAUCUUCUUUCAUUUUUGAAAACACUGGGACUUGAGAAGUACUACCCACACAAACUAACUCUGAGGUCUUUGCUGGAGAUCAACAGUGCCAGUGUAUCUGAUGAAGAGGUUCACUCACUGCAAGCAAUACCACUGGCUUUCUUACGCAAGAUACUGAUGGCUAAUUCAAAUUCAAGAUCUUUACUCGAUAUGCCUGGUGAAAAUAAUGAAACAGAUGACUUGUUUGCUGAACAGGACUGUGAUGGUAGUCUAAAUCUUCUAGACCUCCAAACUGCCCUCUUUGUCUGUGCUGACAGUUUCCUUCAGCAAGAAAUCGCACUUAAAAUGUCAAUGUGCCAGUUUGCAGUACCCUUUCUGUUACCCCAAGGACGACAGAAUCAAUGCACUCUUAUGCUAUGGGCUCUUCGAGGUAUCCUGAAAGAAUGGCGACCCCAUUCAAUGUCAGAAUCUAAAGGGUUUGUUGAAGACAGUGUUGUUAAUGCAAAAAUUCCAUUGUUAUCAUUUGUGAGGUUAAGUAACUGCACCUUGUCCAAGUCAGAGGUUUUGAACCAAGUGCUCAACAAGUCACAACAGCACCAUGAUUUCUUUUCUCAUCGAGAAAUGAUCGGAGGAUCUGCUCCAAGGGUAAUCGCAAAUGGGAUGGUUGAAAUAUGCUGGAAUCUGCCAUGUGGAAACAAUAGCAUUGAUGUCUUUCCUGAGCCAGUGGCUAUCGCUAAUUUAAGAGGAGAUGCUUGCACAUUUGAAACACAAUUCAAUUUCCUUACUCAGGUGUCAACAGCUGUCUUUGUGUUCCUAGACAGUGUUGAAGAAAAGGAGCAAAAGCUACUUGCUUCUUUACAAGGAAUUAAGUCCAAAAUCUUUCUUGUGGUCAACUCUCAGAGAAAUAUGAGCCAGAAUGUGAAGUCAUCUAUUGAAACAGCAGUUAAUACUCUGCAGUUGGAAAGAGAACAAACAAUUGUAAAAAGUCAAAAGCAGAAUUUGGCAAAUUUCUCAAACAUGAUCAGUUUUGCCAUUAAAAAAUUGGUAGGUGAGCACAACCACACAUCAUGUGAAAUCAGUUCUUUGAAGAGUGUUGCUCAAGAAUUAGGUCUUGCCAUUGAUGAAAGUGAAAAUAGUCCCUGUGUAUCAGCAGAGAAAACAGCAGAGGAAAUAAUGAAACGUAUUGGUGUUCGUCAAGUGGUGGACUUUAAAAAGGCACAGCUCCCACUGCAAGGUGAAAACUGGAAAAGGUUGGCUCAAAUAGAAAAAGAGCAAUGCCGAUUACGACAUUCAGGGGCAGUGAGUUUGGAGGAGUAUAAGGCUCAACUUCAAAAUGAAAAAGAUGAAAUUCGGAGCAAACAAAGCCAGCAUAAAAUGUCAGGAACGUUGGACAUAUUAAUAAACACAUUGUCAACCUUUGAUGACAUUGAGCGAAACUUCUUUCUCAGAUGGUUGGGACUGAAACUAGACAUGCGAUCACGCAAACACAUGUCAGACCUUCGGCAUAAAUACACAAAGUGUGAACAACAGAAAGACAGAGAUGGCAUGACUCGAUUAGACCAGGAACUUCUUGAUUGUUCUCUUGGCAUAGAACAUUACAUGAGAGAGAUGGGACAAAUCUAUGAGACUGCUUCAUUUGGUUCAACUGAAAUAUCUGAAAAAAUAAGAAGUCUCCCUAUUCUGGCUGCCAAAAUGCUUCUUGCUGGGUUUCCUCUUGAACUACUUGAUGGAGAUGCAUCAAAUAUCCCAGAGAAAUGGGUGAGUGAUGUUCUCUUGGAGCUUCACAGGAUGGUUGGGGAGAAGAGUCGUUUGCUGGUUCUGACUGUGUUAGGGGUUCAGAGUACUGGUAAAUCAACACUGCUCAACACGAUGUUUGGAGUUCAGUUUGCAGUGAGUAGUGGACGAUGCACACGUGGAGCAUUCAUGAUUUUCCUUCCUGUGGGUAAUGAUUUGAAGGAAGAGUUACAUUGUGACUUUGUCCUUCUGAUUGAUACAGAGGGUUUGAAAUCACCAGCACUGGCAAAACUGGAAGACAGUUAUGAGCAUGACAAUGAAUUGGCCACAUUUGUGAUUGGACUGAGUGAUGUAACCAUCAUCAAUGUAGCAAUGGAGAAUUCCACAGAGAUGAAAGAUAUCUUGCAGAUAGCAGUUCAUGCUUUUCUACGGAUGAAGGAAGUUGGUAAAAAAGCAGUCUGCCACUUUGUCCAUCAAAAUGUUGCUGGUGUAUCUGCAUAUGAAAAAAGCAUGACAGACAGAAAACAACUCUUGGACCAACUAAAUGAGAUGACAGUGAUUGCAGCUGAAAUGGAAAAGAAGCCUAAUGUGAAGAAAUUUGCUGAUGUUUUGGAUUAUGAUGUGGAAAAGAAUAACUGGUAUAUACCAGGUCUAUGGCAUGGCACACCACCAAUGGCACCUGUGAAUACAGGCUACAGUGUGGCUGUUCUUGGUUUUAAGAAAAAACUCUUGGAGGUGCUUAAAGCAAGAACAGAUGCACAACCCUCUGAGAUCCCAGAGUUCCUGCACUGGAUGAGUAGCUUAUGGCGUGCAGUGAAAUUUGAGAACUUCAUCUUUAGUUUCAGAAAUGUUCUUGUGGCCUAUGUCUAUGACAAGCUUUGUAAAGAGUUUUCAGAAUGGGAGUGGAGUUUUAAAAGCCAUAUCUUGUCUUUGCUAACUACUGCAUCAGUUCAAAUCUCUAACACUGACAGCAGCCAUUUUGAAGAGGUUGUUGAGCCACUGAAACAAAAUAUAGAGAAAGAGAUCACACUUCAAAUGAACGAAAUUACUAAAAACUUGAAAGACUACUACAAAAGGAAAGGCCAAAAUGUGCAUUUGGUGGAAAAGUACAAAGUUGAUUUUAAUAACAGCAUUAAAUCUCUGCAGAAUGAAAUGAAGGAUGAAAUGAGAAAAAGAGUGGAUGCUGCACUUGAAAUGAGAAGAAACAAGGAAAAAGUAGAAAAAAUACAGAGUAAACAAGCUGCUGUGAUUGAAAAACAAGUUCUGCAAUUACUGCAGAAUUGCAAACAUUCUAAAGAAAAGGUGUCUGAUGAGACUCUCGAAGCUGAUUUUGAAACAAUGUGGAGCAGAGAGAUGGCAAACAUCACGAGUCUAAAAGAAAGGGAUGUUGCUUCUGAUGUUUUGAAGCAAUUGCGAGCAAGUUUAGGAAAUCGCCAAGUCAAUGAGGAUUUUCAGAAAGUUAAGAAUUUGACAGAAUAUGGACAAAAAGAUUUCAAGGUCAAGAAAAAACAUGUAGAUGGUGGAAAAGCUUUUGAAAAAUUGAACGGUAUUUUCAAAAUCAAGGGUAUAAAGCAAGAUUUACAGAUUAUUGCAGUUGAUGUCAUUACUAGUUGCACUAGGAUGAUUGAACAUUUUACACAAACCAAAGGUGAUUACCAAGGUACAUUUACAAAAGAUGUGCUUGAUGAAAUUGAUGGACGCCUCAAAAAAGAAGGCUCAAAAAUCAGUACCCAAUUUGAAACAGACCUUAAAUUGCACAUUUGUGGUAUUGCCUCCCGGAAAUUCCUUGAGAUGCACAAGAAGUAUCUCCAUGAGAAAGAUCCAUUAAAACAUUUGCAGGAAUUUAAGAGUCAAUAUCUCUCUGAUUUCAUUGAUUUGUACAAAGAGAGGGAUCAGUGCCAGAGGAAAGCACAAGAUUUCGCUCAGCUCUGUCUCAAGCCAGCAGUAACUGAGUACAUCAACCAGUCUCUUGGACCUGACAUUGUUGAUGUGGUUUUAGAGAAUAAUCCUUCUCAGUACAGCACGCGAGUUUUGUUUCAGUACACCAUUCAGAAAGAAUUACUGGAAAAAUCAAAGUUCAAUGAUUUUGCAGAGUACAUUUUGCAUUAUGAGAAUUAUGUCAAAGAGUGGAUAUAUAAUCACAUUAUUGAAUGCUUCUCCAAAGACACAUCUUUGCAACAAUUAAAAAUGAAGAAGCUGGACAGUGUAAUUAAAAAGCUCACUCAAGCAAUGGAAGCUUCUAAGCUUGAAGCUGAUGGGACUCAUUUGCCCAAUAAUGCAGAAGGAACCGCAGUUUUUAUCCAGAACCUUUACAAAGCUAUGAGCCAUGUCAUCUCUAUGUCCAUGAGCACAGUGGAAAGAGUCCUGUUUCAGAACACAAGCUGUUGUGUUCCAUUCACCAAAAGUCUCUAUGAAUGCAUUGACGACCUGAAAAAGCAAGUAGAAAAAGAGAUCUCAGGUUUAACAGAUAUUACUGAAACACUGAAAAAUGUGUCGGUAAAACCACAAGAUGAGCUGUUCAAGAGAGUGUUUGGUUGUGGGAUGCAGUGUCCAUUUUGCAAAACACCAUGUGAGGCAGGAGGAAAGGAACAUCAGCUACACCAUGCAGCUGUGCAUAGACCACAAGGACUUGGCACCUACAGAGAUUUAAAUACUCUUGUCCUUUGUGAGGAGAUUUGUACAACUAGUGUACAUGGCAGUCGAACUUUUCAAAAUUGUGAAACAAAUUUCCAACCUCAUCCUUACAAAGACUACCAGAAAUACUACCCAGACUGGCAUAUUGCACCUGACAUGUUUAUCGAAGCCUCAGAUUACUGGAAGUAUGUGCUGGUGACAUUCAAUCAGCAAUUUGCUGAAAGGUACGAAGCAAAGCCAGCUAUGUAUCCAGAUGCAUGGAAUAAAAUCACAAAAGAAAAUGCUCUUAGUAGUCUGAAACGUUCCUUCAAUAUUACAUGAAACAAAGUUGUUGGUAAAGAGUCUAAGCACAUCAAGUAGUGUUGAAAAAAAUUAAUUGUUUCCUUACUCCUCACUUUGUUGAGUGAAUCCAUUUGAAAAUUGAGUGGGGGAUAAAUAGGGUCUGUUAUGUUUUUGUAAUCAUUGCUAUUAGAGUAUGGAACCAACCUUAAUAGUGAGGAGACUUAAUCAAUUAUAUUUUGUGAAAUAAAAAAAAUUGUGUGUAAUAACUAAUCUGUUUAACACAUCUAGAUGUAAAUAUCAGGAAAUGAAAGUGGAAACUUUAAUCUAUUGUGUUCAUCUUUUGAUCUCAAACCCAAAUUUCUUUUGCAAAAAUAUGAGAAACGGCCUUCCUGUUCCAUUACUUUCAGAAGGCACUGUUACACUGAAUUCUGACAAGACUGUAUAUUUUCAUGGGUCUACCAUAUGAAUCAAAUUAUGCAUAAAUUAAAUUUGUAAUGUAUCAAAAUUGUCAUGUCAAAUCUUAUUGC